AUGUCCGAAGCUCCAGUCCCAAAACUCGCCACCAGCAUCCAUAUAACGGCACUGGACGGAAUCAUUAACGUCAACUCCCUCUUCACAUUAGCAGUCUUCAUCGGUCUCACAUGGAACCCUUCCGACCCGAAUAACAGCUUGAUCGAUCAUGGUCGCCAGACGGAUUGCUUACCCGGGCCGGAAGUCGCGAAGGAUCUGGUGACCUUCCACGUAUACUCAUUCGGCUGCUUCCUCUUCUCCAGUCUCAUCGCACUGGGGCUGAAGCAGGCCAUCCGGUUGUACCGCUCGGCCCAUUGGGACCGGACCCUGUGGACCAUAGACCUGGCCCAUGUGAACAAGACGGCCCUCCGGGUGGGGUACUUGGUUUCCGCUGUGGGUUCAGUUUGCGGAUCGGUAUUUUUGAUGCUGGCUUUGGUGAAUGUGGUGCAGAUCAAGCUUGGGAUGUUGGGAUGUGGGAGUAGGCAUACUUAUGGGGCUGUGGUGCCUCUGGUGAUUUUGGUACCAACUGGGCUCUUGAUUUAUGUUUUGAGUAUGGAUCUCAUUACUCUUGACUCUGCUGUUACACCUAGUAGUCUAGUAUUGAAUUUUAAAUUGUUUCAAGUGUUUUUAGAGAUGGUUUGGGUGCUAUUUGCGUCUUCAACUGUGUUCCCCCACUCCCUUCUGCCUUAUUCUUUGGCUUGCACGGCUAGUAAGAGCGUAUUGCCCCAGAGCAACAACCAGUAUCCUUUCCCUUCCCUUCCUGGAUAUCCCGAAGAGAGCUCACCUUUAAAGUCUUCGACUAUUCUGCAUUUUUAG